AUGGCUGGCGCGGCAGGUGCCUGUGUCAACGAUUUGUUGGGCAUGGACGACGCGAGUCUAGCUGCAGCGGUAGCUUCGGGGAAGAUUCCACUCAGGAGCAGCGGAAAUCCCGUUGCGAGCACCAAUGCUGCUGGCACCGCGGCGGCGGCGGCUACAGCCGCUACAGCCGCGAUGCGGAGCGCGCUUGCUAGCAGCGCUACUGCGCGUCGUAGCGGGCUCGGGGGAGGGGCAGGGGGAGCUCUGUCGGGCGCGCGGGGAGGAAUGGGCGCAGUCGCGCAGCUGAACGGGGACGGGGGAAGGUUCGAUGUCGGAGGGGCGCAGCAGCAGGCGGAGUUUCUCCUGGCUGGGGGGGCGGCGGCGCAGCAGGCGGAUUUCCGCAUGGGCGGGGGGGCGGCGCAGCAGCAGCAGCAGCAGGCGGAGUUUCUGAUGGGCGGAAGGGCGGCUGCGCAGCAGCAGGGGGAUUUCCGAAUGGGCGGGGGCGCAGCGGCGCAGCAGCAGGCGGACUUUCUCCUGCUGCAAGAGCUGGCGGGGCAGCAGGCGGCAUUGCUGGGGGGAGCGCAACUAGCGGGGGGAUUCCCCGGAGUCGACAUCUCCGCGUUUUACGGCGGGGGCGGGGAGGCGGCGCGCGCGUCGAUGGCGGAGAUGGAGGCGAAGGCGCUGGCGCAGUCGCGCUCGCACAGCGAGGCGGAGCGGCGGCGCAGGGAGCGCAUCAACCAGCACCUCGCGACGCUGCGCGCGCUCCUGCCCAGCUCUAGCAAGACGGAUAAAGCAACAUUACUGGGCGAGGUUGUAGACGUGCUGCGGGCGCUGCACGCGGAGAGGCAUGCGGAGGGGGAGGGGGAGGCGGAAGGGGAGGCGGGGGCGGGGGGAGGGAUGGGGGGGAAGGGGUUCGGUGCGGUACCGAGGGAUGUGGAUGUUUUAGAGGUGGAGGAGGUGGUGGGGACGGUGGGGGAGGAGGGGGUGAGAGAGGGCGGUGGGGCGGUUAGGGGGGAAGGCGGGGAAGGGGGAGGAGAGGGGGAAGGGGGGGAGGGGGUGGAAGGUCGUGGAGAGGGGAGUGGCGGAGGGCGGAGAAAGGGUGGGGGAAAGAGGGGGGGGAGCUGUGAGGGUGGGGAGGAGGGCGGAGGGGGGAAGAGGAGGAAAGGGGAGUGCAGGGAGGAGGGGGGUGGUGGUGGGGGAGGAGAAGGGGAAGGGGGGGCGGGAGAGGGAGAGGGGGGAGGAGGAGAGGAGCUGAUUCGGUUUGUGGUAUCGUGUGAAGAUCAUCCCGACCUGCUGGCAUCACUCAAGAAAGCGAUUGAUGUGCUGCGCCUGCACGUGCGAGCACUGGAAACAGCCUCCUGCAGCAACCGAGUCACCCAUCAAAUGCUCCUCUCUAGGGACCCUCCUCCCGAGUCAGACGAGCCGCUGCAUUCCUCCCGCCCCUCCUCUCUCUCCCCACUCCCCUCCUCCUCCUCCCAUUCUGCCCCUGCUGGUGGUAGCAGCCCGCUCAAUUCGGGGGGGUUGGGAGCGGUGGAGGGGGGUGGGAGCAGCCGUAGCAGGGAGAGGGAGAGGGAGAGAGAGAGGGAGAAAAGUGGGGCAGAUUGGAGGAAGAAGGGCAGGAAAGAGCCUACGGUGGAAGUUAUCCGGGCAGCUUUGCGGGCAGCUGUGGAGAGGGCUCGGGCAGCAGCGGCCGUGACUGGUGCUGUGGCUGGUAGUUUGCCUGCUCUCCGGGCAGCGUCAACCGAACAGCCGUCUGGAUCUCGCGAGACGUGA